AUGCUUCUACUGAAAGACAUUGGAAACCAGGCUCGCCAGUGCACCAACAACCGACGCUGUCUUAUUACCGUUGCUACGCGUAACCGCUGCCAAUACUGCCGGCUCAGACGCUGUCUUGAUCUCGGUAUGUCACGCCGGGCGGCCCGUUUAGGCAGGAGGCCACGGAUAUACGGCGCAGAAGGGUCUUCUGCAAAAUUCCUUUCAGGAUCCGUACGCAGCUUAUACCGGUCGCGGCCAUCUGACUCUCAGAGCCAGUGGACAGGCGGUUCACUAAAGCCUUCCGAACAAUCAGUCGACCGAGCUGGGUACCAGGCUUCUUCCUCUUCUUCCACCUCAUCUCCUUUAUCCUCUUUAUCCCAGCAGCAGCCAACUUCACCUUUGUCUCCUGCUGCAAACACGGUCACCUUCAUCACUCCAAAUACAACUUACACCACCUCUGGUGUUGCUACUACCGUUUCCACAGCUUUCUCAAUUAAUGCUGAUGCUCCUGCUGCUCUUUCCGGUAAUCGCCUUACUCCUACGUCCAUAUCUGUAGCUGAGGAUCUUUCGACCAAUGUGCUCAGUAUCACCUCCAGAGUCAAGAGGAGUGACUAUAAUAAUGUCGUCCAGCAUGGCCAUACGAUUGGAUUGCAACAUUCCGCAUCUGGAAGAAGAAAAAUGAAUCGUUCAAAAAAAAGUGGGUGCCUAAUCAGGUGUUGCCAUGCUGUCUAUGCAUUCUGA